UUUUCUUUUUUCAGCAGAGUCAGGGGGAUCAGAUUUUCCAGGAAGCAGAGAAAAAUGGCGUCCAAUCGGAAAAAGAGUGUGCAAAAGAAGGGAGUGGAUAGGAUGUCCGAGGAGGGCGAUAAGUCGGGUAGCGAAAGUGACUUAAGCGAUAGCGAUAUGCAAGCUUAUACGUUUGUGGACGAUCCGAAUGUCCUGCGAAUUGCGAUCAUGGCUGAUCCCGAGGUUACACUGGGCUUUCUUCUGGCUGGCAUUGGUUAUCAAAAGGACAGGUUCCGCAACUAUAUGAUGGUGGAAAUCGAAACUGCGCAGGAGGAUCUCGAGCAGUUCUUCCAGUCGAUUUACAGGCGGUCCAAUAUUGGCAUCAUCAUUCUGGAUUAUAAUACGGCCAAAAGACUGCGCAGCCUGGUGCAGCGAUGUCACCAACUGCUCCCCGUUCUUGUCACUGUGCCCAACAAGCUAUCACUGACCACCUAUCUAGACAAAAAGGAUCGCAAUCGACGACUUCGCCAGCGGGACGCCUACUAGGACAUGUUUUCUGGAUCAAGGAUCUAAAAUAGCCCCCUGCUCUGCCGCAAAUUUAACGAAAUAAAGUUGUGAAUAUA